AUGCACAUUAAUUGGAUGACGUCAGAGAUAAGACCAAUGCAAAAUAAUUGUAAUCAAACAGCAGCGGAAAUGAAAGAAACCAAAUUACCAUAUUCGCACGUCGAGCAACUUCCAAAAAAACAAAUUCCACAAAAUGAAAGCAAUUAUUUUCCUAUCAAUAUGCACCAUUUCCCAACUCAAGCUAAUCACGAAGAUGUUCAAGUGUGGCCGACAGCUCGACCUGCUGGCACUACAGAAAUAAGUAUCGAUCCGCCACCAAUAAAUUUGCCAACUUUAAUUGGAGAUCUAGCACUUGGUCCACAUGACAAGAAAAAGGCUGAUAUUCUAAAUAGAUCCGUUCCACAUUCCGAUUUACAAAACUGUGGAAAUUUCCUAUCCGUUACUCAGUUAAUGAAUCGCAGCACAGAAAAUAUGCCACAGCGAUCUAAUGUGCUCAUGGCUGAUCAAAAGUCUUUAGCGGCGAAACAAAAUUUACCUCAUAUCGUUAAUGAUAAUAGAAAAACGAUGACUUCAUCUCAGACGAAUGUGGGUUACGGUUUUAACGACUCGAAAGUACUUAACUCUUAUGAAAAUAUAAAUCAAUUUCUACAAAAUAAAUCAAAAUCUUCUUUGAAACCCGAGAAAAAUGCAAAGGCACAUAAAAAUAAUUAUUCCGCCGAAGCUUUGAUACGUGGUGGAACCAAUUACAAUCAAAAACUACAAGACCAUUCCAGUAACAAAUUUAUGAUGCCUGCUCAGAAAUAUAACGAUUUUAAUAUCCAAGAUUCGGGAGUCGCCCAAGUGUCUCAUUUUCCAUCUAUCAUUGACUAUUCCGACAACAGCUACACUGGACAGCAAUUCUCAGGGACAGCAUUAUACAAUUCAACUACAAACACAAUAUCAAAUUCUUUUUACUCCAACUUCAUGCCGGGAAGCAGUAACUUGAUGUCGGGAAAUUAUACGGGAGCACCUUUCAGCAGCGAGUUUGUUGAUUAUAACCAAUCUAUGGAAUGUAACUAUACGAAUCACAAAUAUAACGAGGUAAAAAUGAGAAACAACACAACUACGUUCCAACAGGAAAAAGAAACAACUAAUUACAAGAGUUCAAGAAGAGAAUCGGCAGCAAAACAUAAACUGGAAUGUUCUAAAAAAGAUUCCAAUAAAAAAUAUCAAAGUAAAAGACCAAAAUUAACCAAUGAAGUCGAAGAGUGGAAUGACAGUUCCCAUUUGCUCUGGCAGAAUAAAACGCCAUCUAAACGACAUCAAAAUUUAAUGUCAGAUGAAAUUCCAUUCCCGAACUAUAUGGGAAAUCAAAUGCCAACUCAGUAUCAGCCAGAUUUCUUUAAUAGCCAUAUAAUGCCAUCCAACAUGCAGGGCGUGGCUAAUGCUGAUCGUUCCUUGGCAAGCUUCCCAGUAGCAUCUCGAGCUAACUUUAACCUAAGCGCUUUAUUUCCGGAGAUAACCAUGAAAGUGCAAUGA